AUGGCCUCACCUAACCACCGUCUAUGGACACGCACACAAGUAGCACAAGCGAUAAAAUCAGGCCAAACGCUCGUAAUAUAUAACGGUAACCUCCUACGCAUACCCGAUUCCUGGCUCGCACAACACCCAGGCGGCAGGCUCGCAAUUCAGCACUACAUAGGCAGGGACGCGACGGGCGAGAUAGACGGGUUUCAUUCGCCCUACACGCUCGCUUCUAGGCUGAAGAACUAUGUUGUUGGCAGAGUGGACUAUGGGGAAGAAGGGUGGACCCCGCUCCUCCCACCGUUGGAGACUGGCUGGGUGCGCAAGCCCGCUCCAGGCGGGAAAUGGUCCUGGGUCAACGAGGCCGCUCGACUACCUUCCGGGGGGGAGAGCGAGUUCCUCCUCAUUAAGAAAGCCGACAUGGUGGACGAUGCCGGCCCACCGCUGGACGCACUCGAGCCCCGUCCAACCAGUUUGCUACAGAAGGCACAGCAUACUCAUGCACUCGCCCUCCGAGAACUGCACGAGGAGAUCAAGAAACAGGGUUUGUACAAGUGUCGUUAUCUCACAGGGUACGGACCAGAAAUGCUCAGGUACACCCUCUUCGCCGUUCUCUCCAUCUGGCUCUUCCGCACCGAGCGCUACCUGCUCUCCGCCGUCGUGCUCGGCAUCCUCUGGCAUCAACUGACGUUUGUCGCACAUGAUCUGGGGCACUGUGGUGUCACCGGAGACUGGUUCAAGGAUCGAGUGCUGGGGAUUAUCAUCGCCGACCUGCUGGGAGGACUGAGCAUAGGCUGGUGGGUCGACAACCACAACAUCCAUCAUCUGGUAACCAACCACCCGACACACGACCCAGACAUCCAACACCUCCCCUUCUUCGCCAUCACACCCCGAUUCUUCAACUCCCUCUGGUCAACAUACUACAACCGUAUCAUGUCGUUCGACCUUCCUUCCCGAAUACUCAUCCGCAUCCAGCCCUACACGUACUACCCCAUCCUCUCCCUCGCCCGGUUUAAUCUGUACGCCAACUCCUACCUCUUCCUCCUAGGCGACCGCGGCCGCUACCGUCUAGCAGAACUAGGCUGCAUCGUCCUCUUCUGGACGUGGUUCAGCGCUAUCCUAUCUCUCAUCCCCUCCCCGCGCACCCGUCUCCUCUUCUUCCUCAUAACCCAGAUCGUACCCUCCCCCGUGCAUGUCCAGAUCGUCCAAUCCCAUUUUGCGAGGAGCACAGCCGACCUAGGACCGUGGGAAUCGUUCCCCGACCGGCAGUUGCGUACGACGACAGACGUCUCCUGCCCCUCGAGCAUGGAAUGGGUGCACGGAGGGCUGCAACUUCAAGUCACGCACCACCUCUUCCCCCGGCUCCCGCGGCACAACCUCAAAGCGGCCAGUAAGCUCGUCAAGCUCUACGCGCAGGAACAAGGGCUGGAAUACGCGGAAUUUGGGUUCGUGGAGACUAAUGGGCAGGUGUUGGGCGUGCUACGGGAAGUGGCGAACCAGGUUGAGGUGUUUUGUAAAGUUGCGAAGGCGGAGGCGGAGGGAAACUUGAGUCAGGGGAAUUGAGAAUCGGACUAGAAAAAAAUAGAUUUCUUGUAGAUAGUGUAGAUAGACAA